CCCGUCGCCACAAGAAAAAAAUACAGGUGCAGCAGCAUUAAUAAUAUUCUGCGUCUCCAACCCAGCCCUGCCUUCACGUCACUCGAGACGGUCACGAGCGACAUUCUUUUCAUCUUUACCUGCUCCGAUUUACAUUCUUCUUGCUCCAUCCUCACCUUUUCACCAUCUGACUGCGAAAACCGCCACAGCUCUUACUUUCUUUCGACAUCAUCGUCACCAUGGCAAGCGUCCAGGCUCCCGUUGCCGGCGCUCCCGCCUCGCACCCAUACACAUGCAACUCGUGCCAGGUUGCGUACCGAAACAUCGACCUGCAAAAGACACAUAUGAAGAGUGACUGGCACCGAUACAACCUCAAGCGUAGAGUUGCCUCGCUUCCCCCCAUCUCGGCCGAAGUAUUCACAGACAAGGUCCUCCAGGCCAGAGCCGCCACCACCGCCGAAGCCGACAAGGCCUACUUUGAGAAGUCGUGCGAGGCCUGCACCAAGACAUACUACAGCGAGAACGCCUACCGCAACCACAUCUCCAGCCAGAAGCACAAGCUCAACGAGCUCGCCGCCUCCCAGCGAAAUGAAGAGGAGACCAAGUCUGUCGUCAGCUCUACCUUCUCCCUGGGCGAGCCCACGUCCGUGGCCAAGAAGGAUGUCGACUCGGAUGCCGAGGACGAGUUCAACCAGGUCAUCGAGGGUCUCCAGCAGGCCAAGAUUGCCAACCAGCAGCAGCCUUCGCCCUUUAAGCGUCCCAGCAACCCCCAGGCCGAUGCUGAUGAGGAGGAUGCCGAAGAAAAGACUGAGGGUGGCGAUAGCCAGGCACCCUCUAACGCCUCUGGUUCUAAGUGGACUGUUGGUUCGUGCCUCUUCUGCAACUUUGAGUCGACAACAGCGGAGCUCAACGCCCAGCACAUGGAGAGAUUCCACGCCAUGUUUAUUCCCGAAAAGGCUUACCUGGUAGACUUGGACGGCUUGAUCCAACAGCUGCAGUACAAGGUCCGUGAGGGCAACGAGUGCAUCUUUUGCGAUAAGAUCAAGGCCAACGUCUGGGCUGUUCAAACACACAUGAAGGAUAUCGGCCACUGCAAGAUUCCUUAUACUACCGAGGACGAGCAGCUGGCUAUUGGUGAAUUCUACGACUUCCGUGGCACCUACUCUGACGGUGAGGAUGAUUCCGAAAGCGACUCUGAAGGAGACGAACCCCGUGGUGCUCGUGUUGCCAAGGACGGCGCCGAGGGUGACGACAAGGACGAGGCAGAGGAGGGAGACGGCUGGGAGACGGACAGCUCUGCUUCCUCACUCGACUCGGACGAUCUUACUGCUGUCCCUGCGGAGGGCCACUACCACCAGUUCGAGAGACUCAGCAAGCACCCGCACCACGCCAGAGACGAUGCUCGUCCCCGCCACCAGGCCGACGGCUUCCACUCCCGCGCCCACAAGCACACACACGCAGUCUUUUACGACGACUACGAGCUUCACCUGCCGUCUGGCAAGUCGGUCGGUCACCGCCAGCACAACAAGUACUACCGCCAAAACCUGCACAACUACCCUACGCCAGAGGAGCGAGCCGAGCGUCUUGCCAUCGAGGCCGCCGAAGACAGCGAGGGUGGUGGCAGCGACAGAGAAGCCAGAAGAAAGGCACACCGCACACGUGCCGUGGUUCCUCGUGGUACUCUGGGUCUCAUUGGUGCUUCGGACCAGACGAAGCUCGAGGCCACCAAGAUGAUGCGUCGUGGCCGCAAGCAAGGCGAGGAUGCGGAGAAGAGACACGCUCUGGCCAAUGGCAUUACCAACAACAACCAAAAGCACUUUGCGUUCCGCUACGACCGUGGUGGUUAGACACGGGGAAACAUGCGUGGACGACUUUCUUUUUGUGUUUUGGUUUUGCAACGACAGCGGGUUUUGGAGUUUGCAUCGGUUUAUGAGUAUUUCUUUUUUGGGGCAUUAGAGUUAGUGACUAAUGACCUUGCAUAUCAUAUAUUUGUCUUUUCACCCGUGACUGUACUAUUUCUCCGUCAAGCAUCCGCCGAUCUCGAUACGCUACACACGCAAUGAAGCUGUAUUAUUUCCAAGGCAGACUGAUGUGCAUGAGGCUCAGGCCGUAAUCAAAGACAGUGUUGCUAGGUCUCGGCGACUUGCCCUAUUUCUGCAGUGGUGAGCCAAGCCGGGUCUUGGUCCCAAAGCCAAGCAAGGCCGUAUCUGAGCAUUAUUCACUUUUCGAACCAGUCCUGUGCAAGGACGCUCGUGGACACGCCAAGCUGGCCUUGAGCCAUGGGAAAAGACAGAUCGUCGGGAGCAAGGGUAACCCAAGAAGAGGGUAGGCUGGGCUCUAGAUUGGUGCAACGCGCCUCGGUAGUACAGUAACUAGCGGCAGGGGAUGCUUGAGAACGCGUUUACCGAGAGCAAGGGGUGUCCUUUUGACAGGUGGUUUUUACACAUGGAAAGUAAAGAAUACAGCAUCUGCAGCGGUGGGUUGGAAGAAGCGAGCGCGGCACUGUAUCGUUCGGCUCUCUAUCUCCUUCGAUGUCAAUACCUUGGCGGAGAGACACUAUAAAACAAUGUUUGUUUGUAUAGACAAAAACAUUGUUAUAUUUUAGAAUGUUUGAGAUAAUCACACGUACUCUACAAGAUUAUUUGUUUUUUCUUUGUAGCAUAGUAAAUACAUACGUUUUUACGAGUGCGUCUGGGCUGUUGGAAAAACCAGACACUUUCUGCUAAGGUAUAGUGGUCCUUCAAGUAGAUCGGCCUACAAGAAAAUCAGCGGCAAAGGCAAAGACAGUAUAAUUGCCUUUUGAUUGGUCUUGUUUAGACUGUUGUGAGGUGUGUUUUGGAGGAAACCCGGAUUUAGCAGAGACAGUGCACGUCGUGUACAUGACGAUCUGCGGGGGACUGGUGGUGAAGAGAUAGACAUGGGAGCAUCCUGGGGGAGACAGAGAAAUACACAGAUACUUGCAUGUUGCUAGAUCUGUUCAGUUUGGUAGCUUUUGUGCUAGUCCUUUUCUUCAAGUCGUAUGCCAGGCAGUUGACCAGCCCGGUGCAUGGAAGCAAACAUGUGCAGAGGGCCUGCGCAAGAUUUUACAAUCAACAGACGAUUACUUGAAAAGAAGACGCUAUGGUGCGCGCUAUUGGCCAGUCGCAAGGGAGGCUGUGGAAGAAUGUAUUUUUGGAUAUCGUGGCCACUGUAACGCCAAAAUGGCUGGUGUCG